UAUUCUAAUCUCCAGUAGCCAAUUUGAAUAAAAUGGAUUCCAACCGCAUAUCUCCUAUCUAUAUCAGGUGGCUUGAUUGAAUAAUCCUCCGACCACCGGUGGCGUCCAUCCUAGUCCUCACCCUUGUCCAGGGGCGGCCAUGAUUUCUCCAAAGUCUACCAUGUUCGCACUUCGUCAACUUCCCAGGGCGCAUUUUCCACCUCGGGAGUAUCUUCCUAUAUCUCAUUCAUCAAGACAGAUCGAGGAAACCCUUCCUCUGUAUGGACCGGAAAACUACUACCCUGUUUAUACCGGGGAAGUAUUCGUGUCGAGGUACCAGGUAGUCUGCAAGCUAGGAUACGGCACGUCUUCCACCGCGUGGCUCUGUCGAGAUCUCGAGAAGCAACGCUUUAUCACACUCAAGGUCUGUGUCCAGGGCCGUGCUCCCGACCAUGAGAUCAAGAUCUCCAGGCACCUGAACAACGCAGCCGAUCACGCUGGGAAGAGCCGAGUCCGUCUAGUGCUGGACUCGUUUGAGAUCAUCGGUCCUCAUGGAAAACACACCUUUCUCGUCUACCAGCCGCUUGGGAUGACAUUUACCGAACUGCGAGAUCUACUCCCAGACAACAUCUUCCCAGAAGAUCUUCUUAUACAGAGAGGUAUCCAGCUCGUCUUGAUAUCGCUGGUAUUCAUACACGAAAACAAUGUCAUCCACACCGACAUCUCUCCCAACAACAUCCUCCACGCCAUAGACAACGAUUCUCUCCUUUCCCGCAUCGAAGAUGACGAGACAACUCGACCAGUAGCCAGAAAAGUCCUCCCGGACCACACCAUCUACUUCUCCCGCCCGAUGCCACCCUGCACGGGCCUACCGGUCCUCUCUGAUUUUGGCGAGGCGAGAGUGGGGAGUAACAAGCACAGGGGAGACAUCAUGCCUGGUGUAUAUCGAGCGCCGGAGGUAAUACUGGGUAUGGAGUGGGAUUCUAGCGUUGAUGUCUGGUCGACUGGCAUGAUGACGUGGGAUCUUGUAGAAAACAGCCAUCUCUUCUUUGCGAAGAGAGAUCACGUCCUCAGUGAUGAGCAACAUCUCGCUGAGAUGGUCUCUCUUAUGGGACCGCCUCCACCAGAGUUUCUGAAGAGGAGUGAGAGGUGCGAUCAAUUCCGGGAUGCAAAUGGCACCUGGAAAAGCUCUCUGCCCAUCCCGAAGCAAUCCCUCGAAACCCGAGCGCAGCGAUUCACAAACACCACCAAAGACAACACGCUCUUCCUCAACUUCAUGCGCAGAAUCCUCCGCUGA